ACGGCCGAUGCAGCUGGCACUGGCACUGCGCCGGGAAGCCAUGGGACAGAUGGUGUCAUGCAUCGCUGCCCCUCCCCUCCAUCCCGUUUCCGCCAUGCCCUAGGUAUUUCGCCUUGGAAUCCAGCGGGUUGACGGCUGUGAGGAGCUCGUGAGCGAAUUCGGCCGUUGCCAGAAACCUGCAGGUCCGUCGGGUGAGGAAUGGAUGCGGCGACGUAACAGGGCAUGACAGAACAGGACAUGGCCGCUUCCUCGGGACGAACAGGGCCACUCACAGUCACAACUUGGAGCUUCACUCCACUCCCAUCGCCCACCCACAGAGACACAGACAACGGCCAUGCUUCCCCCAUCGGCGAUAGUUGGCCUGUCCGCCCUCCAGACAGACGACCCGAACAACAUCCCACGCACGCGGCCUCGUGGGGGCCUGACCAUCGAUCGACCCAAGCAAGAACCAAGAGGUACGGAGUACUCUGGAGUCGGGCUGCCGUAGAGCAACACCUAGUUGGAUGGAGCUCUGCAGUCUCCACGUCCCCGUAUGUACUAUGCAUUCCCACGUCCAUCUCGCGUCUCCGUCCGUGCCGCCUUGCAUUUUGGAUUGUUGUUACCCACGGGCGAUAUGCGACGGCCACAGCAACGGGCUACAAACCAUGGGAAAUCGACCUUGCCGGCGGGGACAUGGCGGUGGGCCGCAGGUCGCAGGGGCGGCCAGUGGCCGGGGAAGUCGUCGAGCUCUUGGAACUGCUGCAGGGCAGACCCGACGAGAGGCUUGCCCCCCCCCCCCCCUUCGACCCUCGUGAUGCCUGGCCGGACUAUCGCUGCAACUCGACGCCUCUGGAACCCUGGUUUGCUGGCCUUGAUAGGAAGACGGGCACGCAGAGGUGUGAGUGGGCUUUUUCCCACUCGUCGUGACGGACAUGCGUACCUGUGCCUUGUCCACCCAGGAGCUGCCUUUGCUAUCGUAGCACCAGACGCUGGUAGGACAGGCCAGGUCCGGCUGCAUACGACGAUGUAGGUAUGGCGACAAGAGGCAACCGGCGCGAGGAGAGAGACAUCAAAGUCCUAGCUCAGGCGACUGAGGGUUCGCCCACUUUGACAGGGCUCCAUCCAAGUGGGCAUCUAUUUGCCUCCACCCGCGGUGUCGAUAAUCUCACAACCCCAGGUCGGCAGCUACCUGGUAGCUCUCCAUGUCAAGUACACCGAGUCCUCACUGCUCGGCAACGAUGUUGUAGUUUUACGAAAAACAUUGCCCCAAGC